UCCUACUUCGGGGAACAGUUCUGAUAUGUUUUUGUACGAUGAUUCUUCAAUGUCUGAUGGUAGCCUAUAUGCUAGUGACCAAGAAAAUCUCUCGGUACCGAGAAAAAGAUCGGAAUGUCGGAGACUGCAUAAGCGUCGUUUGCGCUGUCCACAACAGCAGAUUCAGCAGAGACAAGCGGCAAACCUGCGCGAGCGUCGCCGUAUGCAGUCAAUCAAUGAUGCUUUCGAAGGCUUGCGGGCACAUAUCCCAACACUACCUUAUGAAAAACGACUCUCAAAAGUGGAUACUCUUAAAUUAGCCAUAGGAUACAUAAGUUUCCUCGGGGAAUUGGUACGCGCAGAUAGAAGUGGACCAGAUACAAUGCUCUCGGGAAUCAUCAACAAUCAAAACACGGGUCAGGAACAAAAGAAAAUUAUAAUCAGGGCUCGUCAAAUUUUUGAUGCAACUGGUGUGCCUACAGUAGAAGUAGAUAUGGUGACAGAAUUAGGACUAUUUCGAAUAGGUGUCCCGUCAACAGACCAAAAGAAAAUUUCCGAAGCUGUACAACUGCGUGAUAAUAAUCCCUCAGAAUUUUUUGGCAUGGGAGUGACUAAAGCAGUAAAAAAUAUCAACACCAUCAUUGCUCCGGAGCUCAUUAAGCAAAAUCUAGAAGUAACAAUGCAAAAAGAAAUUGAUCAAUUCAUGAUAGCCCUCGAUGGGACUGAAAACAAAUCAAGACUUGGUGCAAAUGCUAUCAUGUGUGUUUCUCUAGUAGUGGCAAAAGCAGGUGCUGCAAAAAAAGGUGUUCCUCUAUAUAGACAUAUAUCAGACAUGGCUGGCGUCGCUAGUAUUAUUUUACCAGUUCCACAUUUCACAAUAUUAACCGGUGGUAUUUUGAGUAGCAAUGGAUUACCGUUUCAAGAAUAUCUUAUAAUGCCAACUGGAGCGGCAUCCUUCGCAGAAGCAAUGAGAAUCGGAAGUGAAAUAUAUCGCUUCGUUAGAAAUAGUAUAAUAUCAAAAUAUGGCGUCGAAGCUUCAUAUGUGAGCGACUCAGGAGGAUUUGCUAUACCAUUAGAAAGUCAUAGAGAUGCGUUAGUAUUUUUAACAGAUGUUAUAAAGCAAUGUGGAUACAUUGGAAAGGCGGAAAUUGCAAUAAACGCUGCAGCUACAGAUCUGUAUAAAGAUGGAGCAUACGAUGUUGAAUUUAAAAAUCCUAAUUCAAAUCCCCAAGAUUAUAUGUCAUCUGACAAACUUGCUGAAGUAUAUUUAGACAAUAUUAAGGAGUUUCCUGUAUGUUCCAUUGAAGAUGGUUUUGAAUUUGAUGAUUGGGCGGCAUGGUCUACUCUUACGGCACGUACUCAGGGUCAACUUUUUGGCAAUGACUUAACUCAGACCAGUCUGCGUAGAAUUGGACUAGCUGCAGAGAAAAAGGCCGGUAAUACUAUAGGUCUGAGAAUAAAUCAAGCUGGUACCUUAACUGAGGUAAUCGAGGCAUAUAAAAUGUUGAAAUCUAAUGGUUUUGGUAUUGUCGUAUGUGAUAGAUGGGGAGAUACAGAUGACUUGUUUAUAGCUGAUCUAGUAGUAGGUUUAUCAGCAGGACAGUUGAAGUGCGGUGCUCCAGCAAGAUGUGAACGCGUAGGUAAAUAUAAUCAAAUUAUUAGAAUUGAAGAAGAAUUAGGUGCCUUAUCUAAGUACGCUGGAAAAAAUUAUCGCGGUCAAGUUUAAAAAUAUGAUAUGUGCAAUAAUUAUUUAGCGUUGAAAUUGUUAUAAAU